GGAAACGCGAACUGCCACAAGAAGCUCGAGCCGUAGCCCGUCCGUGGAAUUUAUGGUAACGGUGAUUUAAUACAACCAAACAAGUCUUAUUAUGUAUGAAUGGCUUUAUUGUAACUAUCGAAGAUGGUAGUUAAACUUGAGUCAACUUCGGAAGUGAUUCGGCCCGUGAAGCUCUGCCCCGGAGGAGACAGCCCUCACUGCUCCGCCAGCUCGCGGCCGUCAGCUCCCCGGAUGGACUGAACGCGCACCGGGGGCCACGUAUCGACGGGCUAUGACCGCAUCGUGAGAGGACGGGCUCUCCAUAACGCGGCCGAGAAAUGAGAGUCGUUUUGUGAGUGCCUACAGCGACCUCCGAGCACCGUGUCCAGACCGUUCACGGCUCACCAUGAAGAACUGCGAGUACCAGCAGAUCGACCCGCGGGCGCUGUCCGUUUCGCCCAUGUCGGCGCAGAGCGGCGCCGCCGAGGAGGUGAGGCCGGUGCAGCCAUCGCGGAGGAAAUGGGAAGUGUUCCCGGGGAAGAAUAGGUUUUUCUGCGACGGACGGAUUAUCGUGGCCAGACAGAGUGGCGUCCUUCCCCUGACACUGGGCCUUAUUGUUGUCACGUGUGGCCUUUUCUUCGCAUUCGAUUGCCCUUUCCUCGUGGAGCACCUGACUGUCUUUAUUCCUGUGAUCGGUGCGGUUCUUUUCUUGUUUGCGGUCACCUCCCUGCUGAGAACCAGCUUUACAGACCCGGGCAUCCUACCCAGGGCCACCCCGGAGGAAGCAGCAGACAUAGAGAAGCAGAUCGACACCUCAGGAUCCUCUUCAUAUCGCCCCCCUCCACGGACCAAGGAGAUUCUCAUCAACCAGCAGGUGGUGAAGCUUAAAUACUGCUUCACUUGUAAAAUGUUCCGCCCUCCUCGGACCUCCCACUGCAGCCUCUGUGACAACUGUGUGGAGCGCUUUGAUCACCACUGCCCGUGGGUGGGGAACUGUGUGGGCAAACGCAACUACCGUUUUUUCUACAGCUUCAUCAUCUCUCUGUCUUUUCUGACAUCGUUCAUAUUUGGCUGUGUCGUCACGCACAUCACCCUGCGUUCUCAAGAAGGUAAAAGCCUUGUUCAAGCCAUUCAAAAGAGCCCUGCCAGUGUGGUGGAGUUGGUGAUUUGUUUCUUCUCCAUCUGGUCUAUUCUGGGUCUCUCGGGCUUCCAUACGUACUUAGUCGCCUCCAACCUCACAACAAAUGAAGAUAUAAAGGGCUCUUGGUCAAGUAAAAGGUGUACAGAGGAGACUGGGAACCCGUACAGUUACAACAAUAUCAUAACCAACUGCUGUGUGACGUUAUGUGGCCCAAUGCCCCCAAGUCUGAUUGACAGAAGAGGUGUCGUGCCUCUUGCUGAGGCGAGCCCUGCUGCUUCGGCCACGGAGGUAGAGCUGCCCCCCUUCCUGGCCAAGAAUGACUCGAACAUGUGCACUCGGAGCACGAAGGGUGUGCUGGAGAGGAUGUUUCACUCCUUUGACUCUCGCGCCCUUUGCCCCCCUGGAACGCCAAAGAGCAGCCGUGUGGGCGUAGAGGUGUCCAGCUCGGCCACGUCCUCCGCGGAGCGCUUACCGUGUGCCGGCUGCUCGCGGCAGCACGCCCGCCGGCCGGUGGCCGCUCCUUGCCCCCCGUUCAGCAGAAGCAGCGAGAAGAGAGACUCUCUUCGUUCCGGCAACCCGGCCUUCCGCCUGGCUUCUCCCUCCCCAUCGUUGAGCCGCACGACAUUGAUUCUGGGCGAGGGGCCCGACAUUGGCGCCAUCCCGAUACCCUGAGUACGCCCAGUGACCAUCAGGAAGUGGAAGGAGUCGCUCGACGCCGCUCCGGCGAUGUGAUUUGGGGCUUUUGCAUCGUGGUGGUCAUGCUGUGUGUUCGGUGUCUCAAGAUGUCCUUCUGAUGAAAUGGUGAAGCGUCACUUGGAGGGUUUUUAUGUUCUGCGAGUUGUAUCAACAAUACUACACGCGUGUCCUUCAGGAAGAAGGUCAAUCUUAGUAAUACUUGCAAGCACAAUAUAGAGAUAUUUUUUUAACACCUUUUUAUUAACACACCCAGAACAUGCCUCCACACCUUCCACUGAGCCUCAAGCCAUAUGCCACAGUGUUUAAGUUGCUAAAAUAUGAUGCAACGGGGUCUUUAAAUCCUGGAGUACUUACAGUGGACGUGUGGAUGCUAAAAUACAGAAACACAAGUUUAGAUUUACUGAACUGGCAAUGCACUGAAUAGUGAGCCAUUUCAGGAUUUUCGACUCCAAAGUUGGCCUUACAUCAUGUUCCAUACUUUCUUGUCAUAUUGACCCACAUCAUUCUGAUGUCAUCUGGUGGGACCAGCUUGACGGUAUUCAGUUUACAUGAGCAAUCAGUGUGAAGAGGUGAAGUUUUCAUAUCAUUUUUUUCAUGUUUGCAUUUCACGGUCUUGCUGUAUUUUGUAGUCCGUUCUGCAUGCUGUGUGUCGCCGAUGCUCUGAAGCUAAAUGGUGAAUAUAUUUUCUUGUGAGGUGUAUCACUUGUGUCCAGAUAUUUUUCACGUAUGACUAGUGACGAAAUAGUUUCUCUCCAGAUUUUAUACUUUCCAUUCUUUUCUUGCUCCAUCUCAUUUGUUUAAAACUGACGUAUUUAGAUCAAAAUCAGAUUAUCUGCUGCCCACCAGGGCGCGGAUUGCAGUGUUUAUCCCGGACGCACUGUUUCCUGUUGAUGUGCUUUGCUGGGUUGCUUCCAGUGAUCAUCUGUUCUGUUUCUUCUUCUUUGCCUCGGGGCUCUUCGGCCGUGCGUUGCCUGUUACGAGUGUGUUGGCGGUGACAGCGCAGACUCCACGUGUGGACUGUCUCAAGCAGAGGAAUGUUAAUGAGGUCUCUUUACACGCUGCUUUUCACGGCUGGGACCUUUUUCCUCUUCUCACUGUAUGAAACUUGACCCCUCUGGUCUGUGCUGCAGGACAAUAAUAGUAAAUGGCAGCAGUAGGUUUGUGCCACUAGGGGGCGGCAUGUGAAUACAGAUUGAAGCCCAGUCAGAGGACAGUUGAGUAACAUGACAACCACUAAAGGCCUUUCUGAUGUAUUAUUUAUUUACUUAGUACUGGAUCGUAGAAGCUGUCCAUAGUUUGUGAGUUUGUGAAGAGCCACGUUGCCAUAGUCAGUGGGUCGGUCAUUUAUCCGUCUGCAUCAAGACCCCCAGGUUGUGUAGACAUCUGAGUGUCACAAGCAGUGCUUGUAUGUUUGUAGGAUGUAACGGUGGAACUGUAACACAUGGUCAAUAAAAAUGUUCACUUUU